GCCUCCGCUCUCGUCCUUCUCAUCGAGAGGCGAGAAGAGUCGCCUGAGAAAUCGUUCGGUGGUUCUUCUCUCCUUUCCAAUUCGACUGGUCCUCUUCCUUCUCGUGGAUUUGAUCGUUUCCAAUUUGUAUUCUCAUCGAUAAUUUUCGGUGAACAAGAUGGGGCUCACCUUUACGAGGUUAUUUAGCCGGCUCUUCUCGAAGAAGGAGAUGAGGAUCUUGAUGGUCGGGCUUGAUGCGGCUGGUAAAACGACGAUCUUGUACAAGCUCAAGCUCGGAGAAAUAGUCACUACCAUCCCCACUAUAGGAUUUAAUGUGGAGACUGUAGAGUACAAGAACAUUAGUUUCACCGUUUGGGAUGUUGGUGGUCAAGAUAAGAUCAGACCUCUAUGGAGGCACUACUUCCAGAACACCCAGGGCCUUAUUUUUGUUGUCGACAGCAAUGACAGAGAUCGUAUUAUUGAGGCAAGGGAUGAACUGCAUAGGAUGCUAAAUGAGGACGAGUUACGUGAUGCUGUGUUGCUUGUGUUUGCAAAUAAACAAGAUCUUCCAAAUGCAAUGAAUGCAGCUGAAAUUACAGAUAAGCUUGGCCUCCAUUCCCUGCGUCAACGACACUGGUACAUACAGAGCACAUGUGCUACAUCUGGUGAAGGUUUGUACGAGGGACUGGAUUGGCUCUCCAACAAUAUCGUCAGCAAGGCUUGAAACUUUUGACAUGGUGGACUAAACUUAUUGGCACGGUGCUUUGUUUCUCCGAUCCACAACCAGUUGCUCAGGGAUCAAUUAUCUUGACAUUAGUUGUCGUCUCUUCUUGCUGUGGUUAUCGGACUCGUGAUAGUGGUCCUGGCAUAAUAUGAUCGUGUGAUCAAUUAUCAACUUCUAGUUGUAUUAUGUGAUGUUUUCAAGCAUUAUAUUAAUAGCAUCUCCAGGUUGUUAUUGGUAAAUAUGAUGUAGUCAAACCCAAACCUAAUAUAUUUGAGACUGAGUUGUGUGGUUCAA